UUUGACAGAAUUUCAAUACGACCAUAAUUUAUACUUUAUAGUCGCCUUUUAUUUCCCGCGAAUCUACGUGGGACAGUCCGUAAGUGGAACAGAAGAACGUGUUCAAUUCUCGCAUAACGAUGCUCAGAAAGUCAGAAAGUGCCGAAAACCGUCACAGCGCACGCACGUGGUCGCUAUACAGGCGACGCUAUCGGGGCAAUGCAGUUUUAGAGGGGUACAACACAUUUCCGAGUAAUCUCUAAUGCCGGUCUAACGUAACGUGUCGAACGAAUAACGAUUCUUUCAUUUCAGAACCUAGUCUUUUGUGAACGGUGCGUAAAUGGGCUUGUGUUUAGAGCUACGAUAUAUGUAGAUAGGUUAUGUGUGUACACGUGAUUUACUCUUUACAGUUACUCUGAAUGUGUUAAGGUGCUUAUUGCUGAGGUUUGCUUGCGUUUAUUUUAUAUUUGUUCAGAAAAUGGCUAGUAGUCGUGCUAGAGUGUACGCCGACGUGAACUCUCAGAAACCUAGGGAAUAUUGGGACUAUGAAAGUUACGUUGUACAUUGGAAAUCCCUAGACGAUUAUUCUCUAGUUAAAAAACUGGGUAGAGGUAAAUAUAGUGAAGUAUUCGCAGCCGUCAAUUCUACCAGUGGUCAAACGUGUGUAGUUAAAGUCCUGAAACCUGUGAACAGAAAAAAGAUAAAGAGGGAAAUCAAGAUAUUAGAAAAUUUGAAAGGAGGAGUAAAUAUAAUAACCCUCGAGUCAGUGGUUAAGGAUCCAGUCACCAAGAUACCAGCUUUGAUUUUCGAGAACAUCAAUAACGUAGAAUUCAAGACACUAUACCCUAAACUUACAGAUCUGGACAUAAGGUACUACCUCCAUCAGCUACUCAAAGCCCUGGAUUACUGCCAUAGCAUGGGGAUCAUGCACAGAGACGUCAAACCACACAAUGUGAUGAUUGACCCUGAAACCAAAACCCUCCGCCUGAUCGACUGGGGUCUAGCUGAGUUUUACCAUCCAGGACAAGAGUACAACGUGAGAGUAGCAUCUAGGUACUUCAAAGGACCUGAACUCCUGGUUGAUUUCCAGAUGUAUGACUAUUCCUUGGAUAUGUGGUCUUUGGGUUGUAUGUUAGCUUCGAUGAUUUUCAAGAGAGAGCCUUUUUUCCACGGUCACGAUAACUACGACCAGCUGGUUCGUAUAGCUAAGGUACUGGGUACGGACGACCUGUUCAGGUAUAUUGAGAAGUACGACGUUGAACUGGACUCAAGAUUUGACGAUAUCCUGGGUAGACAUUCGAGGAAGCGUUGGGAACGUUUCGUUAACAGGGAAAAUCAGCAUUUGGUCACGCCGGAAGCUUUGGAUUUUUUGGAUAAGUUGCUGAGGUAUGAUCACGCCGAGAGAUUGACGGCUAAAGAGGCCAUGGACCACCCCUAUUUUUUUCCAGUUACACAAGGUUUGACGCAAAUGAGCGUAGUUUCCUCAACGUCUAAGGUUUGACGGGUGGUUUUCUCAUGGAUCGUACGCAUUGAUUUGAUGUACAUCCAGAGGAUAAAGAUGACCAAGUGAGAUAUCUAAUUCGAAGAAUAUCGAGGGAUACAGCUUACAGAAUUUCUUUUCAGUAUCACCUACUCCUUAUUUAUAAACGAUAAAUAUUUUAUUAUCUUGAAAAUUUUUUGGUAUUACUUUAACAUAUUUAGUUGUACUUCUAGUAUUUACAAUAGUAUUGAUUUGUUCACAUUUCUUCAAGUUUUUCAAUUAACAAUAGUUCUUUCUUUGUUUUUUUUUUUGAAACUUAGUUACACAUUUUCUAAUAAAACUACAUUCUACCUCAAAGAAUAUUGUAUUUCAAGUAGUAAAAGAAUAUUAAGAUUUUUGAUAAUAAUCAAUUAUUUUUUAUUGUUUAUGAGUUGGGUGAUAUUUCUUUUUAAUAGAAUUUUUUCAUAUAUUAUGUUCUAAUUCUUUUCCAUUAAUAAGACAUAUUACAAAAAUUCCAAUAGAGAUACAAAAUAAACGAGGAUGUGAUAAUAAUACUGGUGUAUAUAAAAACAGAUAUGGAAAAAUUGUAAAUAUAUGUUUUGAAGACUGAUAGAGUUAAAUAUGUAUGGCUGUGGUACAAGACUGAUGUUUUUAUUGUGGCUCUUAUCUUAUUGUGUCAAUUGAACUGAAGAUCUUCCACAGCCUCAAAACCAUUUUUUUUUGUAAAUAGUUGUAUAUUGAGAAUUUGUCAGUGUUCAUUAAAUUAAGGCUGAAAGCUAUAAUUUUUUCGUAGGUAUUAUAACGCUACCAUCUACAUAAUGAAUGCUACCUGAAUAAACUAUGAUAAUAAAUUA